GAAUGAUAGCAAAAUGCUUAUAUGAGAAGUGAUAUGCGUCUAAUAAAUCAGUCUGCGGACAACAAUGGAAUGGAACCGAUGGAACCGAUAAGUUAAUGUACGGUUGCCAAAGCGUAAAGGACCCUUCUUCGAAGAGAAAAUUUAUAUUAAAUUAAUUAAUUUAAAAAAAAAAAUAAAUAAAAAAAUUAAAAAAAUACUCGAAAAUCGAAAAAAAAUUUCCAAUAAAGCAAAAUCCCGUAGUUUCUUGCGUCGCAUAAAAGUAAGAAGUUAUGAAAAAUUUCAACUAUUACAAGUAAAACCACCGGCUGAUGUACAAUGCCUGGUAUUGUAUAUCAGAGAAAGUGAAUGAUACAAAAGCGCAAAAUUGUUUUAGUUGAACUAGUUAAAUUAAAUAAAAAAUAAAUUAUUUAAAAAUGUUUUUUAAACAUUUUUUUACCCAAAAAGUUAAUUGUUUCUAGUUGUUGUGAUUUGUGAAUGCUUGUAGUGGCAGCAAAACAAAUCUAACAAGAAUCUAUGCAAACUAUGCAAAGUGAAUAAAAAUAUUCUUAGUAGAGUGUUGUGCGGAGUAUGAGAGAGAGAGAGGCUAUAUUUAUGUGAGUAACGUCUCUUUAUAUAUACGCAACUACACGCACGUACACGCAUAUCGUUGAGCGACAAACAAACGCAAUAAAACUUUCACUCAAUCAACUUUUGCCAGCAAGAAUCCUACUAAUUUGAAUAGCUUUUGUAUAAAAUCGUACGCGUGUUGGAAAGGAACUACAAACCGCACUUGCAAAUACAUACAUUGUGAAGAAAAAAAGGAUAUCUUCGAAAUUAAUUAGGAUCAGUUCGUAUAAAAGAAAGAAUUUUCUGUGAAGAAUAUUUAAAGCGCCAUCAACCAACACACAACACCUUUAUUGAAAUUUAUGUUUGUUAUGUAAUUGAGUCCUUCAAAAAAUAAGUGAAAAAAUGUCAUCCUGCAAAACUGAACAUCUCGAAAUUUGACGCUCAUUUCUGGCAAGACUUAAGGCCUAACCUUCACCGAGGUUUUUCAAGAAAAUUUUAAUGUUCUUGUUAUUUCUCAAAAAAGGAAAAAACAAUAUCAGCAGGAAAAAAUUGGAGUCUGUAGAUCUGCGCGCCUUGUGACUUUAUUAAUCUCUGCGCUACGAACAUAAACACUAUUUUUGGCUAAAAUACAUAAUACCAUAUACGCAAUGUCGCUCUAUCAACGUUUACAUUCUCUCACCAGGGCGCGUACAGUGUUUUGUGUAAUCGCUCUAUUGGUUUUGAUUUUCACGCACAGCAGUCGGGCGGACGGCUUACAGCAUAUGACCGAUAAUGGUGGUGCAGUUGGCUUGGGUGGCAAUAUGGGCCUUGGUUCUCAUUCAAUGGAAGUAAGUCCAGCGCCUGGUUAUGGAUUGCCUGCCAUACCGAAAGAUCCAAAUUCACGAUGUGAAGAAAUUACUAUCCCCAUGUGCCGAGGCAUUGGCUAUAAUAUGACUUCUUUUCCCAACGAAAUGAAUCAUGAGACACAAGAUGAGGCUGGCUUAGAAGUUCAUCAGUUUUGGCCAUUGGUGGAGAUUAAAUGUUCACCCGACUUGAAAUUCUUUUUAUGCUCGAUGUAUACACCCAUUUGCUUGGAAGAUUAUCACAAGCCAUUACCUGUGUGCCGAUCCGUGUGCGAAAGAGCACGCGCUGGCUGUGCGCCUAUAAUGCAACAAUACAGUUUUGAAUGGCCUGAACGUAUGGCUUGCGAGCAUUUACCUUUCCAUGGUGACCCUGAAAAUCUGUGCAUGGAACAGCCUUCUUAUACUGACAGCACCGGCAGUUCGGGCUCAUCUUCGACAGGCGGUUCGGGUUCCGGACGUGGUGAUUCAGUAGGAAGUACUUCGUCAACCGGCGGCGGCAAACGCAAACAGACUGGUUCAGGUUCAUCGGGGUCACAAAAAUGCAAAGGAAAGAAUUCAAAAAACUGCCAAAGCUCCCUAGGAGAAAAAACAAACGCAAAGGAAUGCACUUGCACAUGCCGCCCACCGCUUAUACUCCUGGGGAAGGAAGCUCUGAUGCAACAGCCACCCAUGCACUAUCCUUGGUAUCAGAACUCGACUGUGGCAAGAAUCGCCGGCGUGCAAAAUUGCGCCAUACCUUGCAAGGGACCAUUCUUCACAAACGACGAAAAGGAGUUCGCCGGCAUUUGGAUAACCCUCUGGUCGGGCCUAUGCUUUUGCAGCACUCUCAUGACUCUAACCACGUUCAUCAUCGACACCGAAAGGUUUAAAUAUCCCGAACGGCCUAUUGUUUUUUUGUCGGCCUGCUACUUUAUGGUCGCCGUAGGUUAUCUAUCUAAGAAUUUUCUUCAAAAUGAGGAAAUAGCCUGCGACGGCCGUCUACUUAAGGAAAGUUCAACGGGACCACACUCGUGCACCUUAGUAUUCCUGAUGACAUAUUUCUUCGGCAUGGCCUCAUCUAUAUGGUGGGUUAUUCUAAGUUUUACCUGGUUUUUAGCAGCUGGCUUAAAAUGGGGUAACGAAGCCAUAACCAAACAUUCGCAAUACUUUCAUUUAGCCGCCUGGUUAAUACCCACAGUGCAAUCGGUAGCAGUACUUCUAUUGUCAGCAGUGGAUGGUGACCCAAUUCUAGGCAUCUGCUAUGUGGGCAAUUUGAAUCCGGACCACUUAAAAACUUUUGUAUUAGCUCCAUUAUUCGUGUACCUAGUCAUAGGUACCACAUUUUUGAUGGCCGGUUUCGUUUCCCUGUUUCGCAUACGUUCAGUUAUCAAGCAACAGGGAGGAGUAGGAGCCGGCGUCAAAGCUGAUAAACUUGAAAAACUUAUGAUACGUAUUGGCAUAUUUUCCGUGCUUUAUACCGUCCCAGCCGUUAUCGUUAUUGGUUGCUAUUUAUAUGAGGCCGCAUAUUUUGAAGAUUGGAUUAGAGCACUAGCUUGUCCUUGUGCCCAAAUUAAAGGUCCUGGUAAGAAACCUUUAUACUGGGUCUUAAUGUUAAAAUAUUUUAUGGCUUUGGCCGUUGGAAUAACAUCCGGCGUUUGGAUAUGGUCUGGAAAGACAUUGGAAAGUUGGCGCCGUUUCUGGCGGCGUCUGUUUGGCCAGCCCGAUCGUACAGGUGCCAACCAAGCGCUUAUUAAGCAACGUCCACCCAUACCACAUCCUUACGCCGGUUCGGGGAUGGGUAUGCCGGUAGGUUCGGCUGCCGGCUCACUGCUCGCCACCCCUUAUACGCAAGCUGGCGGUGCUUCAGUGGCUUCCACUAGUCACCACCACUUGCAUCAUCAUGUUCUCAAGCAACCGGCUGCCAGUCACGUAUGACAUGGAGAGUCAGGCGGAG